CGGGAAACGCAAAACACAAAACACACACAAACACAACCCAACAAGAAUGAGCCGCCGGCCCCGUCGAUUCCAACCGCUCGGCUUCCUCYCCUCCUUCUUCUUCAUCUUCGUCGUCGCCUUCUUCUCCGCCAUGACCCCCCCGCCCACCGCUACCGCCCUCCGCGAGGGGCCAACUGCUACGCCGACCACCACCGCCUCGGUCUGCGCCGAGCUCCAGGCCGUCAUCGGGACCGACGCCGGCGACCGGGGGAUGAAGAGCCUGGUCGUCGAAGGGGACCUGGGAGAAGCCUCGGAGCUCCUCGGAAGCCUGGGAGUCCCCUCGAGGGUGCUGGUCCUCUCGGGCUUUCCGUGCUGCGUGGACGAGAGCCCGCCCACCGAGACCGACGGGCCGCCGGGGACCUGCGCGAUCGCCAGGGCCGCGGCGGCCAUGGGACAUUCCGUGACGGUGGUCACGGACGACUGCAACAAGGGUGGGUAUGCUAUGCGUCGUGGUAGAGUGUUUGGUGCUUGUAUUGUGGAUGGGUUUGUGAUUGUGCCUUGUGCUUUGUGCUUGGCUGGAAGUGGUGGGGUCUUGAUUCCCGGGUUGUGCAGGGACAACGCAUUGCAUUGCAUUGCACCUGAUUGCAUCUGUUUGUAGUAGUGUUGUCUUUUGUUUCAUUUUAUUCCAAUGAUUCUACUCUAAUGAUUCUACUCUAUUCUACUCUACUCUAUUCCAAUCUAAUCUAAUCUGCCCCAUUCCAUUCGUUUCUGCUGAUUUCGUUCCUGCUCGCCACCGGAUUGUUGGUUCCAAAUUCGUGAACAAUCCCCGGCAGCCGUCUUUGCCGCGGCACUGGAGGGAAUGCCCCUCCCGGAGGAUUCCGGCAGCGUCGGCCUCGAGACCUUYCCCCAGGAGUUCUCGGAAGCCGACGAGGACCGCUUCCAGAACCUAGCGGCCUCCUGCGGCCUGGUGGUGGCCUGCGAGAGGGCCGGGCCCGCGGCCGACGGGAACUCCUACACCAUGCGGGGGAUCAGCAUGACSGAGAGGGGGCUGAUCGCUCCCCUCCACCGGCUCUUCACCGAGACGGACUGCCCCACGRUCGCCAUYGGGGACGGGGGCAACGAACUCGGGAUGGGCAAGGUCUUCGACCAGGUGGCGAACAACCCGAAGAUCUCGAACGGGGCGACCAUCGGCUGCGUCGUCGCCGCCGACCGACUCGUCGCGGCCAGCGUCUCCAACUGGGGGGGAUACGCCCUGGCGGCCGGGGCGGCCCUGGCCUCGGCAAGGGCCCGGGGCGCCGCCGUCGGGGAGUGGGUCGACCGGUGCCUCCCGACCGAGCGGGACGAGCGGGCCCUCCUGGACCGCUGCGUCGCCGCCGGCUGCCGGGACGGGGUGACCGGCAAGAAAGAGGCCACCGUGGACGGGAUGCCCCUCGAGACGAGCCUGGAGUGCCUCCGGGACGUCCGGAGGRYCGCCCUCUCGGCGGGGYUCGGCGGGARCACCCGGGAGGAGUAGRCCCCGAGUGGUGUGCAAGCACC